AUGAGUCUACAAGGAGUCGGCGGCGGGAGGAAAGGCGAGGGGUUGGGAGAUGGGAAGCGCGUUUGUUUGAAAUUCCAGGGUGGUUUGCCCAAAAGAGCAAAGAAUGGGGUGGCUGGAAAUCACGUGACUCCUUCUCCCCAUCGCAAGAGCACUGUCGUAUCAUCUUCAAGCACAUCCACAUACUCGAGGCUCAGUCCACAGGAAGUCGCCGACCGUUUACAAACAUCGCUUUCUCAUGGCCUCUCCCCAGCAGAUGCACAUACAAGAUUGCUACGAGAUGGCCCGAACGAGCUCUCCUCUGAGGACCCGGAACCUCUCUGGAUGCGAUUUCUUAAGCAGUUUAAAGAGCCAUUGAUAUUGUUGCUUUUGGCUUCUGCUGCGAUUUCUUUCUUCAUGAGCAAUUACGAUGAUGCAAUCAGCAUUGCACUUGCAGUUACAAUUGUCGUCAGUGUCGGGUUUGUGCAGGAGUACAGGUCAGAGAAGUCGUUGGAGGCAUUGAAUAGGAUGGUGCCGCAUUAUGCCCAUUUAAUUCGCAAUGUACACCACCUUGACUCACUCGGACAUGUUGCACCUCAAACUGCAAAUGGGGUAGCAGAAUUGGAGCUGCAAGGGUUGAUGACGGAUGGGCCCCACCCAGUGACGUCCUCUCCAAAGGCAUCUACAACAGUUCUGGCAAGCCAAUUGGUCCCUGGCGAUUUGGUUCUAUUCUCGACGGGUGAUAGAAUUCCUGCAGAUCUCCGCAUCUUCAGCUCUACCGGCCUUUCAAUUGACGAAUCCAACCUUACCGGAGAAAACGAACCAGUUGCCAAAUCUUCUGAAUCACUGGGUAAUGCAAAUGGCUCACUUCAGUCAAUCAAAGAAAAUACUGGGUCCAUUUCCCCCUAUUACCAUUCACCAGCCGCUGGGACGGUUGGGACUGACCUUCGAUUGAACGAACAGCAUAACAUUGCUUUCAUGGGUACUUUGGUGCGAUCCGGCUAUGGUCAGGGAAUUGUUAUAGCUACUGGGUCUAAUACAGAAUUUGGGAGCAUCUCUGCCUCUCUUCGAGAAAUCGAAAGUCCCCGAACACCACUCCAAUUGUCAAUGGACCGACUGGGUCAAGAGCUGAGUUACGUGUCAUUUGCAGUCAUUGGAUUAAUCGUCCUGAUCGGACUAUUACAAGGCAGAAAAUUGUUGGAUAUGUUCACCAUUGGUGUAUCUUUGGCAGUCGCUGCUAUCCCAGAGGGUCUUCCAAUCAUCGUUACUGUUACUCUAGCACUUGGAGUCUUCCGAAUGGCGAGAAGAGGCGCCAUCGUUCGAAGGUUACCUAGUGUUGAGACGUUAGGUUCUGUCAACGUCGUCUGCAGUGACAAAACAGGCACCUUGACGCUCAAUCACAUGACAGUUACGAAGAUGUGGCAUUUCGAUUGCGACGCUCCUUUCGAAGUAAACAGAGACAGCAGGUCGGUGAAUGCAAGCCCCGCUGCACGUACUAUCCUUCGUGUCGGUAACAUUGCCAAUAAUGCUCGUCUAUCCCGCGCGCAUGCCAAUUCACCAGCCACUGCUGCCUCCGCUGCCAUAUUAUCCUCAACUGUGGAUCAAACUUCCGGUGCAAUUAGAAGUCGAUGGGUUGGCCAGCCUACAGAUGUCGCCAUUUUAGAUUUAUUAGAUGCGUUCGCUGAGGAUGAUAUUCGAGACCACAUAAGCUCCCGUGUGGCGGAAACCCCUUUUAGCUCAGAGCGAAAAUGGAUGGGAGUGGUCAUUGGUGGCGGCAGCCAUCUGUCGGAGAACGGAUUUGGCAACGGUGGUUGUCCCGAAACUGCAUACAUUAAAGGUUCCAUAGAAGAAGUUCUCAAGCGUUGUGAUACAUACUUAACCAAAGACGGCCGGGAAGUAAUUCUAGACGAAACGAGACGGCAGAUAGUAAGAGAGGCAGCUGAAUCCAUGGCAAAAGAAGGAUUGAGAGUACUUGGCUUCGCAAGCGGUCCGGUUAGAGAUAUCGGAAAAGGGAGUCGUCCAUUGGGCAGCCGAAGCCCAACACCUGGCCAUUCGGAGAAAAUCCAGUCCAAAGAUGACGACCUUUAUACAGGCCUUGUAUUUUCUGGCCUUGUCGGGAUGAAUGAUCCACCGCGAAAAGAUGUCCACCGAGCGCUCCGCAAACUGAUGGCUGGCGGAGUCAGAGUCAUAAUGAUCACAGGCGAUGCGGAGACAACGGCGGUGGCUAUUGCAAGGAAACUUGGAAUGCCUGUUAAUACGUCACCCUCGGCUCGAGAGGUACUCAGGGGAGAAGACGUAGAUCGCAUGAGCACUGACGAAUUGGCGCAGACGAUUUCUGCAACUUCCAUAUUCGCGCGAACUAGUCCGGAUCAUAAGAUGAAAAUUGUGCGAGCGCUUCAAUCGCGCGGGAAUGUUGUUGCAAUGACAGGUGAUGGCGUCAAUGAUGCACCUGCCCUGAAGAAGGCAGACAUUGGAAUCUCAAUGGGUCGAUUAGGUACCGAUGUCGCGAAGGAAGCGGCAGAUAUGAUUUUAACGGAUGACGAUUUCUCAACGAUUCUACGAGCCAUUGAGCAAGGCAAGGGAAUUUUCUAUAAUAUCCAAAAUUUCAUCACAUUUCAACUGAGCACCAGCGUUGCGGCAUUGAGCCUUGUACUCUUCAGCACAACACUGGGAUUCAAAAACCCGCUUAAUGCGAUGCAGAUAUUAUGGAUCAACAUCCUGAUGGACGGCCCACCGGCCCAAUCCCUCGGUGUUGAGCCUGUCGAUCCCUCCAUCAUGAGCCGGCCCCCACGCUCCAAACAUGCCCGUGUACUUACCAAACCAUUGAUCCGCCGCGUCCUCACCUCCGCACUCCUAAUAAUGCUCGGGACGUUUGCCAUCUACAUCCACGAAAUGUCCGACCAUACGGAUGAAGUCUCGGGGGCUCGCUCGCGCAUCGUCACCAGUCGCGACACUACCAUGACAUUCACCUGUUUCGUGUUAUUCGACAUGUUCAACGCACUUACGUGUCGGUCAGAAACUAAGUCCAUCCUACGUGGAGAGUUGCCGCUAUUCGGCAAUAAGAUGUUCAACUAUGCGGUCCUUGGCUCUUUGGUAGGGCACGCAUGCGUUAUCUAUUUGCCGCUCUUGCAGGGCAUUUUCCAGACGGAGGCGAUUAAGUUGUGGGAUCUGUUUGUCCUUGUUUGCAUUUCUAGUACGGUGUUUUGGGUUGAUGAGGGGCGGAAAUAUCUGGCGUGGCGGAAGAGGAAUGGUGGGGUGGGAAUAUCUGGCAUGAGGAUUGGUGGGUAUAGUGUUAAUGUGUGA